AUGGAAAAGUACGAUGUUGUCAUCAUCGGCGCCGGCCCCGUCGGCCUGAUGCUGUCGUGCCAGCUGCAGCGAUGGGGCUACAAGAUCAAGCACAUCGACAACCGCCCGGAGCCCACUCCGACGGGCCGCGCCGACGGCAUCCAGCCGCGUUCCCUGGACUUGCUUCGGAACAUGGGUUUGAAGCGGAAGAUCAUGGCUCAUGACCCUGCCAAGGUCUACGAGGUCGCCUUUUGGGAUCCCUGCAAGGACGGCAUCCUCCGCACCGGCACCUGGGCCAGCUGCCCCAAGUUUAUCGAUGCCCGCUAUCCCUUCACUACCCUGCUCCACCAGGGUCUCAUCGAGCGCGUCUUCAUCGAGGACAUCGAGAAGAACGGCGGCACCGUGCAGAGACCAUGGACCAUCACCGGUUUCCAAAACGACGCCAAGGACCCCGACUACCCGGUUGAGGUCAGCAUCGCAAACGUCAACGGCGAAGAGAAGGAGACGGUGCGCGCAAAGUAUCUCUUCAGCGGCGAGGGUGCGAGAAGCUUUGUGCGCAACCAGCUGGGCGUGCAGAUAAGACACAAGGACCCCAUCGCCCACGUGUGGGGAGUCAUGGAUGGCGUUGUCCAGACCGACUUCCCCGAUAUCAAGAUGAAAUGCACCAUCCACUCCGACCACGGCUCCAUCAUGGUCAUCCCCCGUGAAGACAACAUGGUCCGCCUGUACAUUCAGAUCGCCUCUUCGACAGACCCUGACUGGAACCCCCGCAAGACCGCCACCGAACAGGAAGUCCAGGACCACGCUAGGAAGAUCCUCGCCCCCUACUAUAUCACGUGGGAUCGCGUUGAAUGGUACUCGGUCUACCCCAUUGGCCAGGGUCUGGCGGACAAGUACACGCUCGAUGAGCGCGUCUUCAUGGGCGGCGAUUGUUGCCACACGCACAGCCCCAAGGCCGGCCAAGGUAUGAACACUGCUUUCCUCGACGCAGCAAACCUGGCCUGGAAGAUCCAUCACGUCGAGUCCGGCCUGGCAAAGCGUGACAUCCUCAAGACGUACGAGUCAGAGCGCCGCCUCAUCGCCGACAACCUCCUCGACUUUGACGCCAGAUACGCCAAACUCUUCUCGGAGCGGCUGCCCUCGGCUGGUGAGGUGGGCGCUGCCAACCAGCACUCCAAAGACCACCCGGUCGAGGAUAACAACUUCAUCAAGACGUUCAAGGAGAGCUGCGAGUUCACCUCGGGCUACGGCGUGGCUUACAACCCCAACAUCGUCAACUGGUCCGCCGAGCAUCCCACCUCGUCCUCAUCGUCCCUCUUUCUCGACUACGCCGCCGGCACUACCAAGCUCCGCACAGGGCGCAUCCUCACGCCCGCCACCGUGACCCGUGUCGCCGACGCCAACGUCGUGCACCUUGAGCAGGAGAUCCCGCUCAACGGCGCCUACCGCAUCUAUGUCUUCGGCGGCGCGCCCCAUCGUACACGCAAGGCCCUUUCCGACUUCAACGCCGCCCUACGCCGCAAGGGUAGCUUCCUCUCCACCUACGGUGUACCGGACGAGAAGGCCAUCUCGUACCACGAGCGCUACAACCCGCAUAGCCCUUUCUUCACCUUCGCCUCCGUGUUCGCCGCCAAGCGCACCGAAAUUGAGAUUCUUGAGGACUUGCCCGAGAUCCUCGCUCGCUAUCGCGACCUUGUCUACGCCGACGACAUCUGGGACCAGCGCGUGCCGGACGCCGGCGCGGCCGCCCACGCGAAGAUGGGACUGAGCGAGGAGACAGGUGGCGUGGUAGUCGUGAGGCCGGAUGGCUACGUGAGCUGCGUCGUCAAGCUCGUCGAGGGCAGCGGCACCGUGGAUGCGCUGAAUGAGUAUUUCUCGACCUUUUUGACAGAAAAGCUAGGCGGUGAGAAGGCGCAACUGUAG